CUGAUUGCGCAUGCGCCGAAUCAGGACAGCAAGUACACUGUUUGGGUGUUACGGAUCCAGCCGCCCUCUUUAAAAAGCUGCAGGAAUCAUGGGAGACGUGUUCCUGCCAGCUGAUGCUGCACACUCAGUGUUGCGGAGGCUCCCGAGAGCAAACUUCUUCUUGGAGGAGAUUAAACAAGGGAAUAUCCAGCGUGAGUGCAGAGAGGAAAUCUGCAAUUAUGAAGAAGCCAGAGAGGCAUUUGAGAAUGAUGAGAAAACGAAGCGGUUCUGGGAGGAAUAUCAGCGUGUGAGCAGCCCCAGGCCUGGAGGUCUGGAGUCUAUUGUGGGUGGAGUUCAUUCCUUGUACCUGAUCUUACCACUGCUGCUGGUUUUGCUGCUCAUUGCUGCAGUUUCCAUUACAGUUUGGAGAUGUCACUCACGUAAAAGAUCCCAGCAAAGCCCUGCCAUUGGGCAUCCACAAAGAGACACAACCCUAUCUGUGGUUUCAAUGGACCAGUGGGGGCGGGACUUCCAUCCUGACAUCAGUCCUCACUCAGAGAUCAGCGCUUACAGUAGCCCCGCCUACCCCGAUCUCACACCUGAGCAGGGCAGUCCUGGUGACCCUCCCCCCUCAUAUGAAGAAGCUGUGGGCCAUACAGAUAUACACAUUGAAGCAGAACCUCCACCACAAUAUGAAGACAUCAUCAGUAACCAUGGUAACACAGUUAUUAUUGCCCAGGGAAAGUGACAGUUCUUCCAGGCAUAUUAUCCUGCCACAUCUAGGGAUGUAUUUUUAGGCCUUCACCAAUACUGUAAACUCAUUCCUUAUUCACUCACUUUAUAUCGACACCUGGAGGUUUGGCGGGAUGUGAAAUUGCUUUGGUCAUUUAUUUUUAUUACUAUAAAUAUUUUUUUACAACUUCACUUAUAUGACUGCCUUGAUUUGAAAUUCCAGCACUAGCAAAAUAGCUUACUUCAUAACGGCCUCUUUUCAUCUAAUGCAAUUGUAUUCCAGUAUUGUUUCUCAGACACUGUGAAACAGUGAAUUACAGUCAUUUUGGCUUUCGGCAGAUUGCUUCAUUUACAGAGAUCAACUCAUGACAACUUGUAUCGUGACCCAAGCCCUAAAGCGAGGAUGAAAAAGCACUGUUAGGAAAAUUCACAUUCUUCCUAGUUAGUAAAAGCUAUUACAACAUUUCAGAAAUGAACUUGACAACUUUUCAGUUGUGGCCUCUCAAGGGACCAUUUAGACCCAUAAUUUUAAAUCAUCGUGGAUUCAAUGGACAGAAAAAACUAAGAAACAUGCUCAACAUUUUCAGGAACAGUUUUAAGUUGUAAAAUGUAAUGUUUGCUGACAUACUAUACUUUAUCAAUUUUAGCCUUCAGUGAUAACUUAGGUUAGCCUAGGCUAUCUCUACAUAACAUUUGUAAAUGCAUAGACAUCUGUAUGCACUGGGCUGACAGCCUCAAUGAAAUAUUGAUGUUAAGUUGAUUUUGUUUCUUUUCGAGAGGUGUUAAACACCGUGUUAGAUAUAGUUAGUUAGCAUCUUUGAAACUCAGUCUUCAGCCAAUGGUAAACCAGUUAACAAUGUGAAAUAAUGCUUGAGAGAAAUUAUGUGAAAUUAUGCUUGUAGGAGGUAACUUUGCUGAUAACUUUUCGGAAAUCGACCAAACAAAUUUAACAAACAGUUUUAUUUUAUGAUUUUUAUGUGGCAUAUUGGUUGUUAAUGCUGAAUCAGCACAGGUCCAAGCUGUUUUUGCCCAGUGGGCAGCAAGUCAACAUACGUAAGGUUUUGUUGACUUGUUUUAGGUGAGCAAAAUCUGCUGUGGGCAAAAACAAUACUGAAAAAUACAUUGCCACAUUGAGUUCAAGACAUGGUAGACAAGUUAAUGGGAUAUGCAUCACUGGUCCUUUUUCUGAGAAUUUUCUUCAUAUUUUAGGAAGAAUUUAUAUGGUCACACAGCUUUGAGAAAUGUAUCCUUAUUGUGGUCUAGGAUUAAGCUGGGAUAUUAAGGCAAGGAUAAAUUGGACAACCAAGACAUAUAGUCCAGUAUGAAGGUGAUUGUUAAAGAAAUAGCUCAUCCAAAAAUAAAAAUUCUGUCAUUUACUCACCUUCAUGUGUUCCAAACACAUGAUUUUCUUUCUUCUGUGGAACACGAGAUGUUACGCUGAAUAUUAUCCUCGGUCACCAUAUAAUUUCCUUUCAUUGCCUUUUUUUUAAAAAAAUGUUUCAUACAAUGAAAGGGGCAUUUAGUAAUUUUACAGAAUUUUCAUUUUUGGGUGAACUAUCCCUUUAAGGAGAAAGAAGCAUGUGUCUUGUUUGUUGUGAGCUGUUUGCUAACUUCUCUUGAGAAAUGUUUUAUGGUGACCAACUUGUGUAUUGUUUCUCUGACAACCUAUACCUGAGUAUGUUAAGAACAACAAUUUUGACUACCUUGACCAUGCUGGUUGUAUUUGAUGAAACAUUUCUCUGGUAUAUUUUGAGUAGGUUUAAGAAGCAUACCUCCUUUGCCUUCCUCACGACAAAUGAAGAUGUUUACCAGCUUUCUCCUGAAAUGUAUCAGCUGGGACUGUUGAGAACCAUAUUUGGACAUUUGACCCUGGCUUUUGGGUUGGGCUUGUAACUUAACAGCAAGCAGACAUCUUUUACCUCUUACCAUUUAUUCUUGGUUUCUUAUUCAGAGUGUAACUAAGAACUCAUCUUAGGCCUGAGCGAUACUAAGCACUAAAACCAAGAGAAUCUGAGAUUAGGAUCAGUUUAUGGAACCCCCCCCCCCCCCUCCCCCUCUCACACACACACACACACACACACACACACACAAAACUAUAGUGUGAUAACACUCAGUAUUAAAUGUCAGGAAAGUGUGUGUGGAUGUGUGCAUGUAUGUGAGAAAAAGAAAAUGUAUGGAAAAUAAUGCAUUUCUACUCAUUCAGUAACUAUGAGUGAAUGCACUUUUUCAGGGCUCUUUAUAAAGGAAUAUUAAUUGAUGUGUAACGUGAUAGAUGAUUAUAAAUUAUGGUAAAUGCUUUUUGGUUGAUCCUCUUGGCUUGCUACAGUUUAUAUUACGCUAUGCUCAGCCAACAUAAAUAUGCAAUAAAACACAUCACCAGCACUAACUUAUUCUCACUUUGCCUAAUGGGAAUGUGAAAUAAGACUACCGUAAUUUGAAGUACAGUCUGAUGAUGUUGCUAGUGUGGCUGACUUUGACAGACAGCAUCUGUUGCUGUACAUUUGCAGGCUGAUAUUUCUGUGGUAGUUAUGAGCGUGGUAUGGUGGUGUUUAUUGCUUAAGCCUUACUCAGAGAUAGAUUAAUGUGUAUAUAAGUGUUUUAAAAAAUAUGUAAUUUUUUGUAAUGACUGAGCUUGAAUUUUAUUUUUAAUAAAAGUUUUUUGGCCCUUUGA